GCCCCUGGUUCAAGACAAACACAGUCACUUCAUGCUGCAGCUCCCACUGAACAAACUGCACCAAGAAACCAUUGUACCUUGUUUGUUUUCCCAAAGCUACACAUUUACAGCAAAGAAAAGCCGAACUGAUCGUACUGUUUUGUUUCUCUUAUUAGACGUCAACAUGUACCAGACUUCUGGAGUUAAAGUCCACACCAUCACUACUGGGGAGACAUUUGGUGCUGAUAAAGACCUGCUGAGUAAAGUGAAGAGGAGGGUUCAGCUGACCGUCACACACUGGAUGGAAAGCCUCUUCAUCAUUGUUUUCUGUCCCAUCACCUCUCGCGUUGGGUCAGAUGUGGAAGCGGCCAUGACCAAGGUUCCAGGAGAUCAAAAUGUCAUUCUGGUUCUGAUGCACCACACCCGAGAUGAGGGCUACUCCACCGCUGGAGUGAGCUGGUCUGACCGAUACCGCAACGUCAUCCUGGAUGUUCAUGUUCUCUUCCAUGAGACGGUGCCAGGAUUGCUGCUGUGUGCUAAAAAUACUGAGGCAGUCGAUCAAAUGAUCCAUGAAUUAGAUCAACGGUCUCAGAACCAACAGAUCGGGCACAUCAGACCCAGGGAGCGAGGUCUAAUUAACAAGCUCGAUGAAUGCUGUUUCCCUUAUUGGAAGAUUGUACUCCCAUUUGUUGUGGUGGUGUUGUUCAUCUUACUUCUUGUCAUUUUCUUGGCGUAGUUUGGAGAUCAGCAAAUUAAAAAUAAAGGAUGUCCUGAUUAUUGUAUGCUCCAAUAAAUAAAAUGUUUACUCAUCAAAAUUCAUUAGAUUAUGUACUUUAACAAUAAAACAAUUGGGAAAAAGGAAUUUACUGCAUAGUAGAACGACUGUGUUGCAACUAAUAAACAGAGAGACAAAGAC